ACGGGCUUGGCACUGGUCAUGGCGAAUACCUUUUCUUUCCUUUCAUAUGGUUUGACCGCGGAUCUGAUCAAACUUAACCCAUGAAAGUCCACAGCAUCGUGAGCGCAUGACGCACUUCCGCCCCAGGCAGUACCUCACUAUCCAUUCCAGACUUGUCAACCCCCGGUUGCCUGGUGCCAAAAAAAAAAAAGGUUCCACCAUGGGGUAUCUUCCGUUUUGGGGUUCCCCUUUAAGAGAAGACAAUAGCAGAGCAAAUUAAGUAUCGGUUACUGUGACUUUAAGAGACACUCUGCUUGUCGUGGAGGCACUAUGGCUGUCAUGGGCGUGAGGAAGCCUCGGGAUGUCCGGCUCUCGCCCGGCGGGUGAUCCUGCACCUGGACAUGGACUGCUUCUACGCCCAGGUAGAGAUGAUCCGGAACCCAGAGCUGAGGGAGAAGCCGCUGGGCGUCCAGCAGAAAACACUUAUGGUCACCUGUAACUAUGUAGCCAGAAAACUCGGGGUUAACAAAUGCAUGUCCAUCCGGGAGGCGAGAGAGAAGUGUCCACAGCUGGUCCUAGUCAGCGGGGAGGACCUGACGCACUACAGGGAGAUGUCCUACAAGGUCACCAGUCUGUUGGAGGAGUUCAGUCCGCGGGUGGAGCGGCUUGGCUUCGAUGAGAACUUCAUUGACAUCACAGAGCUGGUGGAGAAGAGGCUGCGAGACCCUCAGUGUGGCAGAGCCAUGGAGGCGUCCGGCCACGUGUACAACCAGCAAGUUCCAGGUGCCAAUGACUGGACUCACCAGCGCCUCAUCGUGGGCUCUCAUGUGGCAGCGGACAUUCGGGCAGCAGUGUACAGCCGGCUGGGGUUGACGGGCUGUGCUGGGGUGGCAUCGAAUAAACUGCUCUCCAAACUCGUCUCUGGGACUUUCAAACCAAAUCAACAAACCGUUCUGCUCCCAGAAAGCUGCAGCUGUCUGAUCAACAGUCUGAAUCAUGUCCAUAGGAUUCCAGGCAUCGGAUAUAAAACAGCCGAGCGUCUGGAGGCUUUAGGGCUAGGCAGCGUCGGCGCCCUGCAGUCCUGUCCAAUCACAGUCCUGGAGAAAGAGUUGGGGGCCGCAGUGGCUCAUCGCAUCCAGAUGCUCAGCAGAGGAGAAGACAAUUCACUGGUGACACCGACUGGACCUCCGCAGUCUCUUAGUGAAGAAGACUCCUUCAAAAAGUGCUGCACGGUGUCAGAUGUGAGAGCAAAACUUGAAGAACUGCUGCGCCCCCUACUAAGCAGACUGUCCACUGACGGGCGGAGCGCCCACACACUGCGCUUAACCAUUCGCCAGUUCAUGUCGACCAAUAAAUAUUUCAAUCGGGAAAGUCGUCAGUGUCCUAUUCCAGUGAACGUGGCUCAAAGCAUGAACCAAGGAUCAGACAGCGCUGCCGUUGUCUCCGCGCUGAUGGAUCUGCUCAUGAAGCUCUUUCAGAAGAUGAUUGAUGUCAAGUUGCCGUUUCACCUUACUCUCCUGAAUGUUUGCUUUUCCAACCUCAAGGCUUCUCGGUCCUCGACCUCACGGUGUUCAAUUGGAUUUUACCUCACUCAGAAAAAGUCGUCAGAAAAUGAUUGUGGAGUCAGCGAGACAUCGGGAUUCAGUAUAAAAGCUAAUUCUGCAUUUCCUGAGACGUCGGAUCACUCUGCCUGUCCUGUGGGGAUGGAUGGUGAGGUUUCUCUAUCAUUACCUGAGGACAUUGACAUGGACGUGUUCAGUCAACUCCCAGAUGACAUUAAGAAGGAGAUUAUCCAAAGCCCACAUAUGACAAGAAGGAGCAAAAAUAUCCAGACAAAGCCCCAAGCAGCAGCUGCUGGGGGGAUACAGAAUUUCUUCACUAGAGGUAAAUCCGGGCCUGGGCUCAAUUCUGCGAGAGAUGAGGGGCAUUCUCAGGAGCUGCUGCCGUCUCCUCUGAAGAAACCUUUGAGAAAAGACUCUGACUCUCUCAGCAGUGUCUCCGACACAGUGGUGGCUCCUUCUUGUACACCGCACACUGCUUGUCCCCAGGGUACAGAACCAAACGUUGGGUUUGCAAUGGAUUGUACAGAAUCCGUGGAUGGUGACGCCGUCUCGUCACUCCCUAAAAGCGUUGAUGUGAAUGUGUUUUCUCAGCUGCCGGUGGAGCUUCAAAAAGAACUUAUGAGCGAAUGGAAGAAUCAAAAAUUCACUCCCAAAAUCCAGACCAAGAAGUUUCAAGACAAAGGAAAGACCUCAAAAGGUCAAAGGUCGAGCGCAGCGUCCCAUCCCAACAGCCUGCUGAAGUAUUUCAAGCCGAAUUAGUGUUACCUGUAAAGAAGACGGGUCGUGUGUAUAGUUGUAAAUAAUUUGUAAUAAAAAAGG